AUGUUUCCAAAUCAAAAUGGCUUUCCACAAAACAGUCGCAGCCAACAAAUCCCCACCGCCCAACAACAGCAGACGGCGGCGGUGAUGAACAUUUUACAACAAAUGCAACAACAGCAGCAGCAGGGAAACCAAGCUCAAAACAUGCCUCAAGCACAGCAGCUCACCGAGUUGAUGCGUAUGGCCCAACAACAGGGAUUACUUCCGGCGAACGCACAGCAGCAAGUGCAAAGAUUACAGCAAGCAGCUGCUGCUCAGAGUUCCAAUGGGAGUCGAAGGGGGAUGACGCCGCAAAUGCAGAACCUCGAUGCAAUGCGUGCCCGCGCCAUGUUCAACGAACAGUUCAACCAACCCGGCACUUCCGGCCAACAACCACGACGUUCCAACCAACAAAUGAUGACCAGCCAAUCGAACGCUCAUCAAAUGGCCCAGCUUCACCCUGCUGUCAGAGGAGCCAUGGCCUCGAGUGCGGCCCUGAAGGCCCAACUGGCUCAGCGCAUGUCUGGGAUGCAACCUUCGACUUCUGGGACCCAACAACAGCAACAGCAACGUCGCCAACAUCCGGCAAUGCUUCAGGCGCAGCCCCAUCGUCGUGUCAUGCCACCGGCACAGCAGCAGAAUGUUUCACUCACGCCGGAUCAAGUUGGGUUGGUGCAGUCAUCAAAGAAGAUUGUACAUCGUUGGCAAAGAGAGUUUGGCGGGAGUGCAACCGGCCUCAAAACAGCUCGCGAGACCCUAAACGCCAAGAAAAAGUCAUUUUUCAACAAAGCAUCAGCUGUAAAAAUCUAUGUUUUAAGCGAGAUCAGCCAAAAAUUUGAUACAUUAAUGAUGGCGGCUGAAAUGGAUAUCCAAAAACUGCUCGAACCCUCGACCCUAGUUUUGAAUCAGCUCUCGGAAAAAGCGAUGAUGGCCCAAAAGUUGGAAGAAUUCAUCACCUACCUGGAGACCGGAAACGGAAAAAUCAAUCUGUCUGAGGCGCAGGCAACUUUAGAUCGGAUGCAAGCCCUCUAUGAUAAUCUGGAGAAUUCUGAGACUAUGUUGAAGGAUGGUCUCCGGUCUAUGAAUGAAGUAAACGACAUUGAUGUGGAGUUCCAGAUGCAUAAUUUGGAUUUUCUGUUGGAUGCCAUCGACAUCACGAAUUUCGGGUAUCGUGCGGGGAAGCGGAGCGUUGAUUUGGAGAAGAAGCCGAUUGUUUUUGUUCCGACGCCUCCGCAAGUUAACCGGUUGAAGCUCUGGGAUCAACUGGAUUGGACUCAUCUUCGACUCCGAGAUACUGGAAAUCUCCAGCUGAACCGCCCCUACCGAGACCUUGAUCAAGCAAUGGUCGGGGCUCUGUUCCACGCCUUCAUGCGCUGGUAUCCAAGCCCGCACCUUGCUGGUGAUGAGGGUAUCGACAAGACGAAGCCGCUGAAAUGGGAGAAUAGCCCCCGGAAACGUCGAGUGGAACCCCUCAAGGACAAAGUGUGUAAAUGUGGAGCACGAUUCCCGGAUGGUCCUGUUGUCUGGAAGAACGGAGUCGGAAUCCGACGUCAAAUCGUCCCGUCCGAAGAACACGAAACCGGACCAGAGGAGCAACCUAUGGAAGUGCAACCGCAAGUCCACGCAGCUGAAGAAAACCAGCAAUCAACAACUAUUAACCCUGAAUCGGUGGAGGUACCUGAGCAACAACCACCACCUGCAGCUGAACAACAAGUGAUCGAUCUCGACUCUUCCGGCUCAAAUCAUCCACCUGAGCAAGCUACUGUUCCACCGGCCGUGAAUGGAACCACUUCAGAACCUCCCCCACCAGCCCCAGUAGAAAAUGGAGUAAAACCGAUCGAAACUGUCGUGGUAUCGGAUGAUGAUGACAUUGAAGUCGUCCAAGUUAUCCCCUCCAAAAGUCGAUCGACCGAUUCUACAGAAACCCCAUCCACCUCAGAAUCCUUUAACCAAAACGGUCACUCCCGCCCCGUUCCUCCACGCCCGAAUUCCUAUAACCAAAGCCAAAUCCGGGCCGCAUUGGCGAAAGUUGAUGCCGCAAACGCUGAAGUCAACGAAAAAUCACAGCGCCGCUUGGAAAAUCUGGUACAGCAGAUCAACGUUCACAAAAGACAAGAAGAAGAGGCCCGAGUCAGACUAACGCUCGAGAGCGCCCUAGCCGCAGCUUCGACAUCCGCCACUCCAAUCUACGAAGAGCCACUCGGUUUCAACCCGGGAUCGUUUGAGGCUAUUUUGAUGAAUCAGCACCAGCAGAUGAACCCGAAUGUGGAGACGGUGAAUUUGGAUAGUGAUGGGGAAGAAGGAAAUGGCGGAGAAGUACAGCAGGCUGAGGGCGGUUACCAAGCGCAUCGAGAGCCUCCAUCAAUCGCUAGAAUGAAUGCCGCUGCUCCUCCCGUUUCUCAGUCACUUUAUAAAACUGCCGUGGAAAGACCUUCGAUGGUUGGACAGCCACCUGGGAAAUUAUAUGUUGAUAUGACUGACCCGCGAGUCAUCGCGCGAGCCACUCCACCAAAGCGAAAACACAAGCCAACCCAACAACAUUCACCGGGAGCCAAAAGACCGCCGCUCAAGAAGAGAAAAGAUGCUGUUGCUCCACUUCCGGAAGUCGUAACCGAAUGGACGGUCGAUGAAGAUGGCCAUCACAACAUGUGCUUCUGCUGCCAGAACAAGAAGGACACAAAUGCGGAUCCGGGAUGUUGCGACAAAUGCCCUCGGAUCUAUCACGCUGAAUGUCACAUCCCGACGAUCAGAUGCUCGAUGGCCGAUUUACCUGAUGACUGGAUCUGUUCUUGGUGUCAACCUGCCGAGCCUACAACCACUUUCCAAGAUGACGAUUUCACUGAGGAUGAGCGAUUGAAUUGCAUAAAAGUGCUGCUCGGCUGCUACAAGCGGCCGGAUUAUGCCAGUAUUUUUAUCGAGCCUGUGGACCUGGGUACCGAAUUGGAUUAUAUUAAGCUCGUCGAAAAGCCGGUCGAUUUCUCGAUGAUUGCCGCGAUGCUAGACCCGAUGGCCCUUGACCAGCUCCAAAAUGUCCGAGAUUUCAUCAACCAUAUGAAUGCCGUCUUCAUGAAUUGCUCGAUUUACAAUGAGGCAAAAUCGGCGGUGAUGAUCGCGUGCAAAGCGGUUUACCAGGAUUAUCUGGGGUCGGUGAAGAAGUUCCUGCCCGCCUACAAGGAGAAGGUGUUCAUGUUUGUGCACUAUUAUAGGGCUACGAAAAAACAUUCCAUCCGCUGGCGCAUGCUGCUGGGCGACACGUUGAGCGCUCCAUUUUACGAUGAGCACGACUAUGCCCCACAUGUGGUCACAACCGGAAAUAUCAGCCCGCUGAGGGUCAAAAUCUCGCUUCCGAACCCGGAAAAACAAAUCAAACGCGAGCCGGAAGACUACCCGCCCCCGCAAUCGAAGCGUUCCCGUCGCAAG